CGCCGACCGGAAGUCCAGGGUCUGAAUGGGUCUUAUAGCCGGUUGCGGCCGCUCCUCCCUGUGGACUUAACACCGGGCGACUCUGGAUCUCUGAUCUCGACAGCUGCCAGGUUCAUGUGGAGGCUCCCAGGCCGCGCCGCGCUUCGUGGGGUCCGGUCGGUGGUGGAGCAGCGCAGCCGGACCGAGGCAGCGACUCACGAGGCGGCGCGCGCCAUGGAGCGCGCCGUGGUGCGCUGUGUGCCCUCGGAGCCCAAGCUCAGCUUGUCUUUUGCGUUGGCCGACGGCAGCCACAAAAACAUGCAGCGGGACCAGAGCGAGCCUCUGGGCCGGGCCCUGAGCCGGAUCGCCACCAACGCCCUCAAGGGUCACGCUAAGGUGGCUGCCAAGAAGAGUAGGAAGAACCGAGCUCAGUCGAGCGGCGGCGCGGCCUGUGCGGCCACCGGGUCGGAACCGGCUGCGCCGUGCGAGCCGGUGGUGAAGCUGUACUACCGGGAGGAGGCGGUGGCCGAGGACGUGCUCAACGUGGACGCCUGGCAGGACGGAGCCGUGCUGCAGAUCGGCGACGUCAAAUACAAGGUGGAGCGCAACCCGCCUGCCUUCACGGAGCUGCAGUUGCCGCGCUACAUCAUGGCCGGCUUCCCCGUGUGCCCCAAACUCGGUCUGGAAUUUGGGGAUCCCGCCAGCUCCGUGUUCCGCUGGUACAAGGAAGUCAAACCCGGAGCGGCAGAACCCGGGGACGGCGGCCUCGCGUCCGCGUCUCACUCUUUGCAGCCUUCAGCGUGGAUCGAGACGGGCGUGGACGAGCGCGUUUACACCCCGUGCAACGCUGACAUCGGGCUGCGGCUCAAGUUUCACUGCACGCCGGGCAAUGGGCAGCGCUUCGGGCCGAGCCGCGAGCUGGAAAGCGUGUGCCCGGUGGAGGCCGGGCCUGGCACCUGCACUUUUGACCAUCGACAUCUGUACACCAAGAAGGUGACGGAGGACCCUUUCAUCCGCACCGUCUCCUACAACAUCCUGGCAGACACGUACGCCCAGACUGAGUUCUCUCGGACCGUCCUGUACCCGUACUGUGCCCCCUACGCCCUGGAGCUUGACUACCGCCAGAACCUCAUACAGAAGGAGCUCACGGGCUACAGCGCAGACCUCAUCUGUCUGCAGGAGGUGGACCGCGCAGUGUUCUCGGACAGCUUGGUGCCCGCCCUGGAGGCCUUCGGGCUGGAGGGCGUGUUCCGAAUCAAGCAGCACGAAGGCCUGGCCACUUUCUACCGGAAGUCGAAGUUCAGACUCCUUAGCCAACACGACAUUUCUUUUCAAGAAGCCCUAAGGUCGGACCCACUGCACAAAGAAUUACUAGAGAAACUGGCUCUGAACCCAUUAGCACAGGAGAAGAUACUCCAGAGAUCGACUGUCCUUCAGAUUUCAGUUCUUCAGUCUACAGUGGACUCUUCUAAAAAGAUAUGUGUUGCUAAUACCCAUCUCUACUGGCACCCAAAAGGUGGAUACAUUCGUCUCAUCCAAAUGGCAGUAGCCUUGGCUCAUAUUAGACACGUCUCAUGUGAUCUCUAUCCUGGCAUACCAGUUAUAUUUUGUGGAGACUUUAAUAGUACACCGUCAUCAGGAAUGUAUCAUUUUGUCAUCAGUGGCAGCAUUCCAGAGGACCAUGAAGACUGGGCUUCCAAUGGCGAAGAGGAGAGAUGCAACAUGUCCCUCACACACUGUUUCAAACUGAAAAGCGCUUGUGGUGAACCUGCUUACACAAAUUACGUUGGUGGCUUUCACGGAUGUCUAGAUUACAUUUUCAUUGACUUAAAUACUUUAGAGGUUGAACAGGUGAUUCCAUUACCUAGUCAUGAAGAAGUUACCACCCACCAGGCCUUACCGAGUGUUUCUCAUCCUUCUGAUCACAUAGCACUUGUAUGUGACUUAAAAUGGAAAUAGAUUUUGCUUCACUAACUCUGAAAGGAAGCUAGGUACUGUUCAGAAAAUUUAAUAUGAAACAAAGCUUAUAUAUAAACCUUCAAUGAGGCGACACUAAACUUUACCAUCACUCCCCUACGGGUUAUGUUCCAGAUGGCUUUGUUACAGAACCAAUUCAUAAUGUUUGCGUCAUAUAAUAUCUUUAUCCUCUUUUUUUAAUUCCCUGUAUUUGGAGGAAAACAUAUUUAUGACUAGCAAGAAGAAAACUGAAUUAUUGUGUACAUUUUAUAAGUUUUUUUAAGCUGGUAAUUAAGAUUUUUAAGUACUAUUUGAAUAAUCUCAAUUUUUCUUUCAAAGCACAUUUGACAUUGAAUUAUGUUAAUUGGGGAAGUGGGGGACAUGUAGGUAAAUUGUGAGAGACUUCAGAGACACAUGGAAUACAUUAGUCUGUCACUACCUCAAUUUGGUUAAAUUUUAUUAUAAUUUUGGAGCUUUAACAAAAAAUUAAACUAUUACCAAUUCUUA